AUUCCUGAGGUAUCUUACUGGUACUUAGAAUUUUUAGGAAAUGUUCUUAUAGAUCCCUCUGCUAAGAUAGGAAAGAACUGUAGGAUAGGACCAAAUGUUACAAUUGGUUCUGAUGUUGUGAUAGAAGAUGGAGUUUGUAUUAAACGUUGCACUUUAUUAAAUGGAGCACAUAUCAAAUCUCACUCAUGGUUAGAGUCUUGUGUUAUUGGGUGGAAAUGUGUUGUUGGACAAUGGGUUCGAAUGGAAAAUACCUCAGUUCUUGGUGAAGACGUUAUUGUUAAAGAUGAAAUCUAUAUUAAUGGUGGUAAAGUUCUUCCGCACAAGGCAAUAUCUGAGUCUGUCACAGACCCACAGGUGAUCAUGUAAAGUUAGAAGCUGAGUUAAAGAGUUUGUUCAUGCACCACACAAAAUCAUUUAUAUACCAUUCAAAAGUGCCAUGGAAUUAAUUCAGUUUGUAAGUCCGUAAUUAUUCUAAACUAAAGGAAAUAAACCUUACAUGUCUGCCACUGGUCCAGAGUUUUUAAAUCUUAUUUUAAGCAUUUUUAUUUUGGGUUUAGUUAGUAAGUAAAGAAUUUAAACCAGUUUGUGUAUCAUUAUUAUAAAAAGUCUCCAAAUAAAUGGAAUGUAAAAGUU